UUUUUUGCUUCCCCGGAAUGUACAAUUUUUUUUUUCAUGACAUUAUUAAUAUUUUGUAGAUUAUUUUUGAAGUAGUGGUAUCUUGGAAAAAACGAGAAUAAUUUAGCCCAAAAAAGGAAAAGAAAAGGAGAAUAUCUUAUUUGUAUAAGCCAGCCCAGUCAGAAACGCAAAAAGCUCCACCUAUAUAGCAAUAUUUUCAUCAUUCUUGGACUCUCACAACUCAUCUCUCUCAAUCUCCAAAAACCCUAAAACACCCGAAUCAUAUACAAUGGAUGCAGCUGCUGAUCUCAACUCAUACUUCAAGAAAGGCGCAGAGGUGGAAAUUAGCAGCAAUGACCCAGACUUCCGGGGCUCAUGGUACAUGGGCACAGUCAUGAGCCGCUCAAGAACCAAGAACAAGAACAAUGUGUUUGUUGAAUACAAGACUUUGAUGAAUGAUAGAGAUGAGACCAAGCCCUUGAGGGAGAAGCUUGAUAUAGUGCAGUUGAGGCCACCGGCUCCUCGGGAAUCGAGCCGGGGUUUUAGGUUUGGGGAGGAGGUUGAUGCUUAUCAUAAUGAUGGAUGGUGGGAAGGGGUUAUUACCAGGGCUAAUGGGGGUGUUUUUACUGUCUAUUUUAGAGGGACUAAGGAGGAGUUGGGUUUUGGUGCUGAGGAGUUGAGGGUUCACAGAGAGUGGGUCAAGGGGGUGUGGGUCCCACCUCUGGAGACUCAUGGUGGUAAUGAGAUUGCAUUAAAUACACAUGAAGAAGCACCUCUCAGCAGCAUCACGGAGAACUUUGGUAAUGGGACAUUGGUUGAAGUUACUGGAGACAAUUCAAAUGUAGAAGAACCUUCCAAAAAUAUUGUAGAGAAGUUUGAUAAAGGGACAUUGGUUGAAGUGUCUACCGACGAGGAAGGCCUGCAGGGUGCUUGGUUUGCUGCAACUAUUAUUGACAAAUUAAGUAAUGAUGAAUACAUGAUUGAGUAUCAAAGUCUAGUAGAUGAUGAUGGCGCAAAACGUUUAAAGGAGAAAGCCAACAUUAAGCACAUUAGACCCUAUCCACCUGAAACUGCAGACGUGGACUAUUUCAGAGUGCUUCAAGAAGUUGAUGCUCUUUACAAAGACGGUUGGUGGGUGGGUGUGAUUACCAAAGCAAUGCAAGGAAAAAAGUACUAUGUUUAUUUCAGGGCAACUGAUGAGGAAACGGUUUUUAAACAAUCCGAUUUGAGGCCACAUCAAGAUUGGAUUGACGGGAAAUGGGUUAUAUCUUUCCAGGCAUUGAAGUUAUAAUUCUCAAAGGGAUGCAAUUGGCACAUUCUUAUGAUGCGAGAACCAGAUGUGAAAAUAUUUUUAACUGUAGAUUCUGGAAUCCAUAAUUACAAACUGCAUGUACACUAUUCUCAUCUGUUAAACUUGUGGUAUUAGAAUGUAGUUUUGUUCUGCCGUAGUGUAGCUACUUUGGCAGUAAACCAUAAGGUUAAUAUGAUUGUGCUAGGUAUGGUGGCUGUUUAAUUGCAGAAUGUGUAGUACUUUGGUAGUAGACCAUGAACUUAAGAUGAUUAUAGACUUGCAAAUCUCUGAUUUAUAUUCUGGUACCUUCUCGGUUCUAAAGUUUAGGUAUAGCCAACUAUACGCUCAGCAGGUACUAUGUUCCUUUGUGACUAGCCUUGCCCCAGGUAUUAGGUAUUAGGUACCAGGUUUCAUACUG